CCUCGCCUCGCCCGCCCACGUUUCCCUCCUCUUCACCACCUUCCACGUCUACACCCAGCCUCCCCGCCAUGUCGUCAGAGGCCGUCAACACCGUCCCCGCGCCCGCGCCCGCCGCCGACGCAGCGCCCGCACAAGAACACACCGACGCGCCUGCAGCUACAGUUGCGCCACCGUCCGAGCCCGCUCCUGCUUCUGAGCCUGCGCCCGCGCCCGUGGCUGCACCCGUAGCGGAACCCACUCCCGAAGCCACGUCCGCCCCCGAGGCGGUUGCUGUAGCGCCGCCCACAACAGCGGCGGUGACCGAGGAGCCCAAGGAGGCGAAGACGGAAGAGCCCGCCACCGCGGCCGCCCCAGCGCCCGAAUCGAGCGUCGUGGCGGAGAAAGUAGAGAAGAAGGACGCGCCGGCCGAGGAGCCGCAGAAUGCGCUCACGCGCAAGUUCACCGACGCAGAGUGGGCCGCCGUCAAGGAGCUGCGCUCGAAGCUGCCCGAGGUGUUCGCCAAGGCGUACACGGAGACGACGCCCACCCCGACGUCGAUCACGCUGUGGGGCGUGACGCUGGGCCCGACCCCAGACGCGAAGGCGUCCGUGCUCCUCGCGAAGUUCGUGCGCGCGCGCGAGCUGAACGUGGGCGCGGCGCAGGAGAUGCUCGUCGCGACGCUGCGGUGGCGCGACGAGUUCAAGAUCGGCGAGAUCAUGCAGGAGGAGUUCGACGCGGACGUGUUCGGGCGGCUCGGGAGGGUGUUCGGGAAGGACAAGGAGGGCCGCCCGGUCACGUACAACCUUUAUGGCGCGGUGCAGGACAUGAAGGCCGUGUUUGGGGACGUGCAGCGGUUUAUUAGGUGGCGCGUGCAGUUCAUGGAGCAGAGCAUUGAGCUGCUGGACUUUGAGACUGUUGACCAGAUGGUCCAGAUUCACGACUACGAGGGCGUGAGCAUGACCCAGCGCGACGCGAGCCAGAAGGCCGCCGCGAAGGAGGCGACGAACAUCUUCCAGAACCACUACCCCGAGUUCCUGUCGCGCAAAUUCUUCAUCAACGUGCCGACGCUCCUCACAUGGGUGUUCUGGCUGUUCAAGCCCCUCAUCUCGGCAGCGACGCUGGCGAAGAUGAGCGUGGUCGGCUCGGGCGCGAAGACGAUCGGCGCGGAGCUCUCGCAGGUCAUCCCCGUGGACGAGCUGCCGAAGCGGUAUGGCGGCAAGGCGGAGGACUUCGCUUGAGCCUCUUCAUCACUGUUACACUUUUGUUUGAUGCUGAGUCUCGUUUUUGAUUAAUGGUGUACUCAUAGUUCUACGAUACCCCGCCCCGCUCAGUAUACACUUAGCCACACCACUACUCGUUACCACCUGCGCGACUCUACGCUCGUUCACGUUCAAUAACAUCUCCUUCACCUGCUCACUUACUACCCAUCCCGAAGACUCAGACGGAUCACACAGUGCAGUGAGAUGAAGGAAGAAAUUACUAGUGAACAGUACAAAUACACCCAGUACAUAUAGACAAAGACGAGUCCGAGACCACUACACCCCCUACGUGCGCUCGCCGCGCAACCGCCGGGCGAGGGCGAGGUCUUUGGGCUGGAUGGUGACGCGCUUCGCGUGGAUGGCCGCGAGGUUCGUGUCCUCGAAGAGCGAGACGAGGUACGCCUCGGACGCCUCCUGCAGCGCCAUCACGGCGGAGGACUGGAAACGCAGGUCGGUCUUGAAGUCCUGCGCGAUUUCACGGACGAGCCGCUGGAAGGGCAGCUUGCGGAUGAGGAGCUCCGUCGACUUCUGGUACCGCCGGAUCUCGCGGAGCGCGACGGUUCCCGGGCGGAAGCGAUGGGGCUUCUUCACACCACCAGUUGCCGCAGCAGCGGUCUUGCGGGCCUGGGACUUGGCAGCGAGCUGCUUGCGGGGCGCCUUGCCACCGGUGGACUUGCGGGCGGUUUGCUUAGUGCGAGCCAUUGCUGGUGAUGUGUUUGGUGUUGGUGAGAAGUGUGUAGUUGG